GUCUGAUACUAUCACCAUCGAGAUUGCUGCUGAGGUUGCUGCAAAAAGACAAUAGAGAUACGCUCCAGGAUGGCAGACUUGUCGCAGGAUCAUUUGGCAUUUCUCAAGAAGAUACGAAGCACGACUUCGUCAACUGAUAUUCCACGAAAAUUGCAUACGAACAAUCUCAAACGAACCACUUCUGAUUUAUCCUCAAUCAAUGCCAACAACGCCUACAAUUCAACUGCUAAUUUCUCAAAUCCUUAUAAAAAAUCCAAGUUAGAUAGUAUAAAGAAUACUAAUGGUAGUGGUAGUAGUGUGAAUGUGAUUAAAAACAAAAACCCAAGUUUCAAUAGUUUUGAAACGAAUAAUUUCAAUUCCAUCACCACUACUACUGAAUACUCUAGUGGGUUUUUAUCUGUAAAGUUGAAUGAGGCUGUCGAUACAAUCAAAUCUCAAGACAAACCAGUGAAUAUCAAUAGUUUGAAAAAAACCAUCAAUUUUGAUGAUAUUGGUGCCUUAUUGCCUUCAUUAAGAAAAAUGGAGAGAAUAAGAUAUGAUUCAGUUAAUAAUACAAUCGAAUAUUUAUCUUUACAUCAAAUAAAAACAGGUGAUGAUUUGAUAAAUUAUUUGAAAAAUUUACCUACUUUCAAAGGAACAAGUGUAAAAGAGUUGAAAGAUGGUUGGAAUUCAUGUCUUGAGACUAUUGACUCUUUAGAAAAGCAAAGCAAAAUUAUUGUUCAAAGAACUAAAAAAGAUAACAGUCCAAGAUUAAUUUGGUUAAAUCAAGGCUGUUCUCUUGGUAUGAUAGAUGAAGAAUUUGUUAAACUGUGGAGAAGUGUUCCUUUACCAUCUCCAGCUGAUUUACCAAAAAAACUAGUUGAGCUAGGUCAGAAACCUACAAGCAUAGACCCUGCUACAAUUAAAAAGGUGAAUCCAGCUUCAGAAAAGAAAAAAUCUAAAAAAAAGAAGAGAAAUAUUAUUACCAACACUCAUAUGAUUGGUAUAUUUAAAGAUUUCAAGUAAAACUCAAAGACAAUUAUUUAUUUUUUUAAUAUGAUAUUUAAUUUUGAUAAAAAUAAAAAUAAAGGGAGCAGCAAGGAAAAAAGGAAAAGGCAAAAAAAGAAAUUUUUUAAUAUUAUUUAUUCUUCAAGUCCAAUAAAAAAAACUGUUUUUUUAUUUUUUUAUUAAGAAAAGUGACCCAUUUAUAGUAUUGACAUUGAUUUAGAGGAUCAUGUUUAUCUUUUCUAAUAUAAAAUUAAUAUUUAAGAAUUGGAAGGCUGGAAAAAAUCAUAUCAUAUUUGUAAUUUGAUUUAAAUUUUUUUAAUCUUUUUUAAUCUUUUUAAUUUCUAUAAUUUAGUACAAGAAACACUAAGUAUUAC